AUGGGCCAGUUGAAGGCUCAUAUCGAGAGCCCAAUAUCCGAUGCAUUUACUAGAGCUAUUUUGUCGAGAGCUAUGGAAGCUGGGCUAUGGAAAAAGCUUAAUGGGCGGCUACUUGGACUAGUUAGAAGCUCGUUGCUAGACCCAUGGCGCCCUAAAUACGAUGAGCGACCUAUAGCUGAAUGUGCUGCAUGCAUUUCUAGCACAGGUUUGGAGCUCUUGAUGUUCGAUGAACUUAAGCUUAAUCUUUGCUUUGUUGUUUUAUGCCUACCAGAGGUUACAACGGACAAGUAUUGGUUAUCAAUUGGGGUUCAACCUACAGACACCAUGCGUGGCAUUCUAAUGAGAGCUGGUCUAAUAACCCCACCACCGAUGGUUGUGAUGGGACAGAAAAAGAGACCAUCUGGCGAUACCUCAAACCCAGAGAAGUCAUUCACCCUACACGCUUCUAGUUCCUCUUCUCCAAAGACUUCCGGUACUAUUGCAACUCUUCCACCUACUACUAACAUCAUUCACAAAGCAAAUGGCACCAAUACUUUUGACAGCCCUAGUGCCUACAACCAUCACGGAGGUAUGUCCUUUCAAGGGCGAGGGCAAGGGCGUGAGAGAUUCAAUGCCGGUAUGGAAAAUUUGCAUCAUCCGACAAUAACGGCCCUUGUCAUCAAUAUGAUCAAUGCACCAAGUGCUAGAUUUGCUCGUUUUAGCAUCACACUAUCGUGUCAUCGUUAA